CUGCAGAUGCUAUUCAAAACUUUAGUCGAUUUUCACAUUUUCUUUAGUUCGUUCGUUCACGCACAAGUAGAAUUGCGGCACAACUCGUUCGUCACUAUUCAUUUUAAGCAGACUGAACCAACUGAAAACCUAUUGUUGGAAUAUAUACAACAUACAUACAUACCUUUGCAUAUACAUAUGAACAUAAAAAUUUUUAUAUGUAUAUAAUAUUUUUCGGAUUAAAAUUCUUAAUACAGAAUAAAAUAAGAAACGAUAAUGUUUUUACAAAACGUCGAAAAUUGUAUUUUAAAUUUAAACAUCUGAGAAAUUAAAGAAGCAAUAAAAACUGCUACAUCAAUAACAAUAAUAAUAUUUAUAAAAUAAAAUUUUAGCAUUUAAAAGAAGCGAUACAAAAUGGUAAUAGGCAAUCAAGAUACUGGUGGGACCAACAAUGGAUCCCAUCCAUCUGGUAUUCCACAAGACCAAAUCGAUAACAUUAUGAGCGGCAUUGCCAAUACUGGUGAUGUAAAGAUGAAUAAUCACAGAAAAAAAUUAAGACAAAGAUUCGAUAUAAUAAAGAAACUGGGACAAGGAACGUAUGGUAAAGUACAGUUAGGUAUUAAUAAAGAGACUGGACAAGAAGUGGCAAUAAAAACCAUAAAGAAAUGUAAAAUUGAAGCAGAAUCCGAUCUAGUACGUAUACGAAGAGAAGUACAGAUUAUGAGUUCUGUGCAGCAUCCAAAUAUUAUACACAUCUAUGAAGUAUUUGAAAAUCGCGAAAAAAUGGUUUUAGUUAUGGAGUUCGCUGCUGGCGGUGAACUGUAUGAUUAUUUAUCUGAGCGUAAAGUCUUGAGUGAAGAGGAGGCUCGUCGAAUAUUUCGACAAGUAGCUACAGCUGUUUAUUAUUGUCAUAAACAUAAAAUCUGUCACCGAGAUCUGAAACUGGAAAAUAUUCUAUUAGAUGAACACGGUAAUGCAAAGAUUGCCGAUUUUGGUCUAUCGAAUGUUUUCACCGAGCAAUGUUUGCUGGCGACAUUUUGUGGUUCUCCACUCUAUGCUUCGCCUGAAAUUGUGGAAGGCACUCCAUAUCAUGGACCUGAAGUCGAUUGUUGGUCUCUAGGUGUUCUCCUUUAUACCCUAGUAUACGGAUCAAUGCCAUUUGACGGAUCAAACUUUAAAAGACUUGUAAAGCAAAUUAGCCAAGGGGAUUAUUAUGAACCAAAGAAACCGUCUAGAGCAUCUUCCUUGAUUCGUGAGAUGCUAACGGUUUGCCCUCGCAAGCGUGCUACAAUUGAACAGAUAUGCUCACAUUGGUGGGUCAAUGAGAAUGAUAAUGUAUCUUGUUUGGAAUUGGCUGAAGAUCUAGCUAAUCAAACACCAGUACGAUUAGAUGUUCUUCUAUCGUUGACGCCAGUGGCUGUAACAGCGGAACAAUUGGUAGUACCUUCUGCUGAUGGUGGAAAUUCAGCAGGAAAAAAUGCUGUCAUUCCACGAAGCCAUUCUGUUGGUUCAAUACGCGAUGUAGUUCCUAAUACAGAAGCUGAACGUCGAAUAUUGGACAUGGUUGCAGCUGGUGGUGAAGCAGCUCUUAUGCCAUCUCCCACACGUACCAUCACUCCUGCACAAAGUCCACUUCAGACCAAACGAAAACUCGAAAAUACCAUAUCAACAGACAAUGCAGUAGGUGUAGCCUUAAAAAAGAAAGAUAAAACCGAAGAUAGUGCUACUAACGUGUUGACAAAUGAAUUAGUAACAGGAGGGUUAGGAGCCUCUGGAUCGAGAGUAACGACGACUUCUUUAGUUGAAGAAAGUGUGCCCAUGGAAACGGAUGAAAUGGCAGCAGCGAAAAAAGAAGAAUUUUCCACGAAAGACAUGGAAUUGGUUGAUGAUUUGUGUGAACAAUUAAUACAAGAUAAAAACGCCAACAUUGGUAAAGAAAAGAGUAAUGUUUUGGGAAUGUUAGCAGAUAAUAACAAUGUCGAUACGGUGGAAGAUUCUCCGGAAAAGACAAAAGGUGCAACGAAGGUGAUAAAGAAGUUUGUGAAUAAACAUAAAACGGCGGAUUUGGUCAAUGUCAUUGGACAAAUAGAUCCGGAUGAGCCUAAAUCUUUAAAAACUCAAAUCAACCCUGAUAGCGUCGUAUCUACAGCAACUAGUGGAGGCCCGCAAUUCGUUCGCAAGUGCAGUUUACAAGAUGAAUCUCCGCUGAAUAAAUUUAAUGCAGAACGCAGAAAAUCUCGUAUACUUGAAACAGCAGAAAAAUUUCAACAAAUGAAUGCUUCCAAUACGAAUACUGGCGAUAAGGGCAAGAAAUUCAUUAUUCCCGGUGUAAGUGUUGGUAAUUUUAAAAAGGAAUACGAGCGCAAAGCUUCUACGGGGACUGGAAAUCAGGGACAACAACUUACUGCAGGAGAACGUCGUGCAUUGGAACAAGUUGCUGCUGCAGCCGCUGCUGCAACGACAACUGGAGAAAAUGAAAGUCCUCCAUGUGAAAGCAUUGAUCCCGUACCUGUUGAAGCCAGUGACUCAAAGGCAUCCGUAACUUCCUUUUCAUUGGACGAAGCUCGACGUUCGAUGGAAAACUCAAUUGCCUUGUUGCGUCAAGCUCAGACAGAGUCCUCCAAAGAUGUUAACCAACUAUGUGCCAAAACGGAGAAUAUACAUGUCAGCGACUCUCAGGUCCCCAAAACUGCAACUGAUAGAGAACGAAAGCUAAUUAAUGCUCGUGCGAUUAUUGGAAAUGCAAUUCAACCAGUUUUACACAGGCCACAACCACUACCACCAUUAACAUCUUUAUCGUUUUUCGGCAACGGCGGCGGGGGCGGUUCCGGGGGCUAUGUUCAAAUGCGUGCGGUUAGUGGGAGUUUUUUGGGAACGAGUAGUACACCUGCUACUGAAAAUCAUGCAAAUAACUACUAUCGCGAUCUUCCAAUAGGCUAUCGAAAAUAUCCGUCAUUGUCUAACACUUCAACUCAGCCACCAAAUGCAAACGUUGCCCUCGCCGCUGCUCGGCACACAUUAAUGGGACGUUUAGCUGCUGGUGGUAUUGGUAGUUCUGUCCAACCGAUCACCAUGCAAAAAACUGUAGCUUGUUUAUCGCCAUCAAAACGUACAGGAAAAGAACAAUUCAAAUCACCCCAUAAUAUGAAUUUUUCAUCCUCUGUGUCGUCGUCAUCGAGCUCACCUUUGCCAUCAACAUCAUUUCCGUCGUCCUUUACACAACCACAACACCCACUGCCGACACAGCCAUUUGGUUCCACAGCUACCAACACCGCCGCCAAUGCAAAAGCACUAGGCGCUACAAAAAUCACCAACUCUUGCAAUGUCAUAAACAUUAACAGUACGCCAAAACCGUUCUAUAAUGCAUCUCAAUCGCCAUUGUGGAAAUUUUCUCAAGGGUCAGGCGAUUCUCCAUCGGCUGGUACUAUGAAAACAUCAACGGCAUCAAUAACGCUCAAAUCGGCUACUUUGCCGCGUCGGAAAACCGCAAAAACUGAAAUUCAGCUGGAUAUUAAACCACCAAUUGCAGAACAACCAUCAAUGCGUUUCACUACAGAGAUGCAGCACCCCGUCGCUGAUCUGCGUAGCGCUCCACCACGAGAAGGUCCCGUUCCGUAUAGUCCUAUUAAGACAACGACAAGUCAAAGAGCAUCUAGCUUAGAACCCAAAGAACAUGUUAUACCUAUUCAGAGACCACCAUCAACAUACGCACGGACAAUUUCAAAUACAACAAAUAGAUCUGGAUCGUUGUCGCGCCAAUCGACCAAUGAUUCUGAGUCGGACACAACAACUACAAAUAUGUCGCAAGCGACAAUAACUGGUUCCUCGCAGCCCAUCAAGAAAAGUCCUCGAGAAUUCAUUAUACCUAUUGCUGUGGAGGGCGGUGGAUUUAUAACGCCUCGUGAGGGUAGCAUAGAACCGUCAGAAUCCAGUCAUACAACUGGUACAACAUCAAGUCGAUCAACAUUUACACGAUUGCGCCCAACCCGACGUAUAGGAUCACUGCUAAGCGAAACUGGAGUCGAUGAAGGAUCUCCAUUCCAAAAAUUACGCACAUCUUCCUCUAUUCGUGAUGGUGAUGAUGAUACUCGUUUUACUUUACACAAAUUAAGAAGCUCAAGGCCAGUAAAGAAAAUAAGUCAAGAAAAUGAUUCACAGAGUUCUGGAGAGGAGGAUGAUGAUGAUGGUUUUGAAAUUUUAACAGCGGAAAAUCUAUUUUCAACACUAUUGCAACGUGUCCGGGCCCUCACCAAUCGUAUGAAUGUAAACAACGAUAUUACUACAGCUUUUCCCAGUUCAAGUCGUCUUCUAAGCAAUAUGAGACAGGCACAAAGUCCUUUUUGGAAUCAAGAACCAUUUGGCAGAUCUAAAGUGAGUUACACGUACAGUGAAACAAUUGAGAAAAGACAAGUCAGACUCAACAGUGCUGCAAUGGGUGCACCAUGGCGCCACAGUAUGUCUCGAGAUUUAGGCAGUGACAUGGAUUCCAUGUUUUCACGUACUGGUGCAACACUGCCAAGAGGAAAUAAGUCAACGGAAACAAAGGUAGCUAAAAAGUGUAACAUAUCCACGGAAAGUACAGCCGGAGAUAUGGAAGAGCCACUUGACUUGGCUGAUUUGGAUUUAUCUCGUUUAAGAUUAAGUAAAAAAGAUCUUGAAACGUUAUCUAAUAUUGCCCCGGGACUGCCUAAGUGCUUUCAGGAACAAUUAUUAGCAAAGUUACCACCGACUCAAGCACGCAAAUUGUCACGAACGUUAAGUGUGCAAACGAAUCAAAACUGUUCGUCAGUCAAAAUAUACAAACGUAGUCAAAGUAGUGGCCGAAAUGUUGCGCCACCUAAAGCACCAAUUGAUCAAGAAGAUUUGAACGAAAUAGAAGGUCCAACCACAUCAAUUACCGAAAAAUGUUCUGACACAACAAAAGAUAAAGUAGUCGCAACAUCUUCCACGAGAAAAGUGCACAGCAAGAGUAAAAGCAGCGAUGAUAACUGCAAGGACAUUACAACAUUGUACAAUAGUGAUAUAAGCGAUAAGUACAGAUACUAUUCUCCAUACGUAAAUAAAAUUUCAAAAGAUACAUCACAAAAAAACGCUUCGAAAGUCGGCCCUACUGAAGCAACAUCAGGUGGAGCUACGUUUGGGCGUCCUCCAAGCGGAAGACUCUCACCACCACCAUCAUCAGAAUCUACAACCAGACGACCAACACAACGUCGUAUAUCGCGCUUGGUUCGACCAGAUCUGUUUGAAGUACCACUUGAAGAAAUACCUGGGGACCAAAAUCAAAUAACGAACACUGGACAGUUUGAAGCUGAUGUUACCGAUGCUUCCACCAAAUUAAAGAAUUCUCGGCAAAUCCGAAAUAAGAGUGUCGAACUUCCUUCGGAAUAUACCAACAGUAGUACUAGGAAUCAGGAUGCUUUAAAAUAUAACCGGAGAAGUCUCUCGCGUUCAAGGGACUUAGAAGAAAUGAGCAAAGUCGACAAAAACCAGUUAGCUGAUAAAAUACUGCAGGAACUCCAAAUUCUAUCAUCAAUACGAUCCCAAGAGGUUGAAGUUCAUGAGUCAAGUACUAAUAAUGAUAUUAUUAACGAAAAACCAAUAUCUACCAUUAAAAAAAUUAAAAAAGUAAAGGCCAAAGAAAAAUCGACAGAAUCUUCUACUGAUGUCGACGCUAAAAACUCGAACACAGUCAUUAAAAAGGUGAAAAAAAUUGUUAAGAAAUCAGAAUCAUUGUCUACUCCAGUGACUAAAGAUUUGCCCAGCGACGUUCCAGAAAACAAUAAUGAAAAGAACGGAAUAAUCUCUGAUAUUCCCUCUCCUAAAAAGGUAUCUAAACUUAAACGACCCAAAUCAUAUCCAAUGAAGGACUCAAUUUCUAGUAGUAAUACCUCAGAAAUAAUUAGCACUAAUUUAACUUCAACCAGUAAAGCUUUGGACUCCAAUAUACUUACCACAACGGAACAUUCAAACACAGCGGGAAAUUUAAGUCCGACCGAAGCAAACAGUCCUGCAUGUAUUGCGGCACGUGAAAGCAGAAUAUUACGGCCAAAGAGUUAUCCUACUUCAAAACUUAUAGCACCCAAAGAAACUAAACUAACUAUACGUAAAAAAAUAAACAAAAUAGAAGAGGUUUCAACGUCCACGGCAUGCCAAAACUCCGAAAAUACUUCUCAGGUCGCCGAAGCAACAUCUUUAGGCGAAAACAAAGUUGUAAAAGUUGUCAAAAAGAGCAAAUUUUCUAAAUCUAGUAGUAUAAGCACGACAACCACUUCAACUCCAAAUACAACUACAAGCGCGGGAGAGGAAUCAAAAGAGUCUAGUCCCGUCGCUACCGUUCAAUCAAAAGGAAAAGUGGGAGAAAAGAAAACCAACAAAGGUUUGCUUUACGCUAUUGGACAAAAAUUCGAAAAACUUCGGGCUUCCGCAACAAGCAAUUCCUGUGCCAACAUACCAACUCAUAAAAAGUCUUUAGAGAAGUCAUCUCCAGAAAAAAUCACCAAUAAAAUGGCGGACGUGAAGAAAACGAAAUCGUUGGGUGGAAAUUCUAGCUCGAAAGUAACACAAUCAAGUAAAAUUGGAAGUAAAGCUAUGGUAAGUGCAGGUACUGAAGACUGUAAUGCAGAACCCGAGAGUGCUGCCAAACCUUUUAAGAGUGAAAAACGUUCGCGUAUCGAUGCAAUGAUACGUAAUUUGCGAGAACGCUCAGUUCCAAGAUCUCAGCCAAGUGUUUCUUCUGAAUCGAAUUACAUAAAGCGAGCAGUGAGCGUCGAAGAGAUGCCAGGUACUUUUAAUAAAAAAUCAGUUAAUAAAGUAUUGGGCCUAUUUAAACGUUACGAAAAAGAUGCCAAUCCAGAAAACCGUGUACGUAGUGUUCGUUCUACAAGCAAUAUAGAAAGAGAUAUCUGCAAUUCAUCGCCGAUUUAUCAAAAUGCCGAUGCAAUUCGUAAAAUGAACGAAAACGUCGAGAAAUCUAGCAGCAGUGUUGGUGUUAACAGAGAUUCAAAUGCUAUAAAAAGUUGCAAGGGGAGUGUAGUAUGUAAUUGUCACGUUAUGAUGCCGCCUGCGAGCCCAUCAUGUCCAGACUGUUGUACAAAAGCAGAUGAAAGUGGGCGCAAUUUACCAUCAGCAGAAGGUAAUCAGGAGAAAAGAAAAGGUUUGAUGCUUGAAUUGAUAAAACCUGAUAAAAAUCAACAAUUUAACACAACACACAACAAUGUCCGUUCAUCAAAAAUGUACCCUUGUUUUAAUGAUAAUGAAAUUUAUUCCAACAUUUCACCAUACAGUAAGUCAAUUCACAGUUCGUCUGGUAUUAGUUCUAGUAUUUUAACUGCAGAGAAAGCAUCCAAUAACAACAACUCAUCUAUAAAUAAGCAAAACAAUAGCAGUAAUAAUAACAAUCACUGUUCUUCACUACACACGUCACAAACGUCCGGAUAUCGAACAUCUUCGACACACGAAGUAAACCAAAAUAAUAAUUUACUAUCGCCAUCUUUUGAGAAUAUUGGAAACUAUUCAUCCGAUUCUCGCAGUUACCAAGAGGAUUGUGCAUCUACGUCAACCUUUCUUUCUCCCACAGAAGAGGCAGAAUUAUGUUUUGACACCUGGUCCGUAUGUUCUGAAGAUAAUUAUCGAGGCCAGAGGGCAACACCUUCACCUACUGUAUCUCACCUUUCCAGAGCUUCGCAAGCUUCAUCUCCAACUCGACGUGGUGAUAGUUCCGAAGCUGGUGAAAGUGUAGUGGAUCGUAUAAAACGUCGUAGUUUCUAUUGCAGAUUUAAUGAGAAAAAGCCAAAACGUACGAGUAGUAUCGUAGGACCCAAUGCUGUUCGGGAAUAUUACCGUGAACAAAGCUCAGCGUCCAAAACACGAUCAUCUACUAAAAUUGCUACAGCUAGUGGCGAACGCGAACAUUCACCAGACAUAACACAGGAAUUUUUCCGACCACUUAAAUUAAGUCCGAUCGGAACCGAACUAAAGCCACCAGUCUACAGAUCAUCAUUUAGCAGCAGUCAUGAUUAUUCCUCAGCUAGUGGACGACCACGUAAAAGUCUGAAUGAUAUCCGAACACCAACUUCACCGUCUUGCCUAUCAGAACGACGGUAUGCUUCUUUCACCAAUCCAGAUAAUGAAUUACUUACCAACACUUCCGGAUUCUCUUCGCGAUUUAAAGGAAACGCCUUUGAUGAAGUCCCGAGGUCAGGCGUUGGCGCUUCAACCACUUACUACAACACGUAUAAUCCAAAACGUCGUUUUUCAUUCACCACAAAUACAGGCAUAUCUUCAAGCGGAAUUAGUUCCAACAACAGUCCUCAAGUAGAUGGAUAUGCAACUAUGGGAAGAAGACCAAUUCGAGCAUAUGAUCAUCGAACCAUGUCUCUAUUAGAUCCACCCAACACAAAUACAUACCGACACGAAAACAACACAUCGUCAUCUUUACGAGACUAUACAUCAAGCUUAUCAAGGUCAAACUCCCGUUACCGUAAAUCAUCAACACCACGCAGUCCUACAAAUAUUUGAUGCACAACACCACAAAAUGGAUUUUGUAUAUUCUGUUACUAUGCCCAAGAAAGGCGACGUAUGUAUCCUGGCUCAUCAUCGACUUCAUCUAAAAGUAGUGUAGGUAAAAAACGUAACAAAGCUUUAUGCUCAAAUGAAAUCAGACAACGUACUCGUAGAUUUUAAGAUUUUCCAUUUAAGAAAUAAUACUUUUAUAAAUAUGCUAAACAAAUUUACAUACAUACACACAUACGUCUAUGAUAUAUAGAAUAGGUAUAUAUGUAUGUACAUAUCUAGUCAUUUGACUAGUAUUUGAGCAUACUUACUAUAUAUAAUUAGUAUAAUUUGUUAUUGUUCUAAAAAGUAAACACAAUCUACCAAACUGACAAGAUAUAUAUUACAUUUGUGGCUACUCAAUUAAGCCACAAGAAAUAUUAUCGCUCUAGGAUAGUUAAAACUUAAUUGAUAUUUAUUAAGAACCGAAAAUUUGUUUUAUUUUAACAUUUAAAUACAUAUUAAAAGGUAAUAGUAUGAUCUUAUAUAAAUACAUACUUAUACUAAAUACGCAUACUUACAUACAUUUGUAGUACAUAGUAAAAGUGGCAUACAAUUAUGUACAUAUAUCAUUUUUGUUGCUCACUAACGUAACGUAUUAAAAUUUUAUUUUUAGUGAAUAAAAACAUAACUAUUAUCAAGCAAUAUUUCGAAAAUAAGUUAUACAUAAAUUGUCUCAAUUUUAAAUUCAUUGAACUAGAAAUUCAUUUAGUAUCUUUGAGUCAAAUCAUUAAUACCACAGUCCAAGAGAAAUAAGGGUAUAAAAGCCGGCAGAAAAGUGAUACACUUUAUCUAGUUACUUAUCCAUACAUAUGCACAAACAUAUUUAUGUAUGUAUAAAGAAUAAUGGUAUUUCGCUAAUGGACCUAAAAAACAAAAUAUGAUCUUUCUGCGACAAGACUGUUUUCUAUUUUGAAAGUUUUAAAGUUACGUUAAGAUAUUAAAUAUAUGAAUCCGAUUUAAAAUGACAGUUUUUCGAUUUAACGAACCUAUAUGUCUUUUGUCGAAAUCCAUAUUCGCAAAUAGAGAAGAAAAUACCUCUUCUAAUAACAUCGAAGCAUUUUUAACUUGAUUUUUAGAUAUUUCUUUUCUUACAAUUAAUUUUUUUAUGUAUAUGUAUUUGUUAGUUAAACGGAGUACAAACAAUAUUUUUCGUUCCUUAUAUAAGGUAAUCAAUAUAAAAAUAUUGAUAGUUCGCUAAAUGUGACGUUCGCAGGAAUGAUUGUUCGAUGAAUCGGAAAACUACUGUAAUAUUAAAAGUAACAAAGUUAUUGUUUUACAAAAAAUUUAAAAAUUACUGUAUUGAAACCGGAAUCCAAUCACCCCAUGUGUGAGCGAGUUAAAUUUAUCGUAAUUUUCCUUUUUGAGAUGAUGAACUUCUUAGCUUAAUUUCAACAUCGAAAUGUGUUUGCAUAUGGAAGCUUAUUUGACCAAGUAUACGGCAAUUCGGCACAGGAAUAAAAAACUGCUCCUAUAAAAUUGUGAUUCCUCAACAUUUUGAAACACGUCGAAAUAGACAAUAAAAUAAAUAUGAAGUUUUUUUUGUUUCUAAACCGAUCACGCAUAAAUCGUGUUGAAUUUUAAAAUGUAGAUUUUAUUAUUUUAUACGUAUUUAUUAUUUUGUUAGAAAAACGCAAAUUGAUUAAAGAUGAAGAGCCCGUUCCUCUAAAUUCGAAAGAACGUGUUCUUUCUUAUUUUAUAUUGAAAGUAACAAAUAGACGUCAAUUUUCCUAUAAUAUGACGUACAAAUUUUAAUAAAUUAAAUAUCUAUCUAUGUAUGUAUAUCGCACAUUUACAGCAGGACCUUCACAGCAUAUACUAUACAUAUGUAUGUAUUAAUGUUUCUUUUUAGACAUUUAAAAAAUUGAACCGGUCAUUUCGAAAAGGACACGAGUCAUAACAUUGUUUUAUAACAUAAAAAAUUUUAAUUCAAAAUAUCUGUAUAUUAACUUUAUUUUUUUUUUUUUUUUCAAUAAAUAUAAAAUUUAUUUUUUUGUUUAUCAACUUUUUUGGACCAUAGAAUUUCUUUUAUACCAAACGUAUUUGUGUUCCUCCUGAAAAGUUCGAAUAGAAGUACGUAUGUCCUUUUCGAAAUGACUGUUCAAAUAUUCUUAAGACGAGAAUUGAAAUGGAUAUUUUGUGGUAUUUAGUUUAAAAUUAAAUUUUUUGUUUUAACCCUAAUCCUUUAGGAGCAAAAGUUUGUAAUUAAUUUAAAAAAUAUUAGUAUUUAUACCAAUUGUUUAACAUUUUAAAACAUUUUUGAGAUCAAAUGCAUUUUAAUGUAAAACAAAAUAUAAAAUAAGUAAUGCGUACCUACUUAAAACAAAAAAUAAAAAAGUAUAU